AUGGCGGAAGAUGCAGUACUGAGCAUUGAAUCCCCUGUAUGCAGUACAGUUCUCCAAAUGACAGUCGGUCAUCGUGACUCUUCUUGUGACAUUGCUAGUGGUGACUCCUGCUUGCUUGUAAAUAACCAGGAUUUAAGUUGCCAGGAGCUGCCAUUAGAACAGCCAAGCAAUGCUCUUUAUAAUGUAGACCUGGAGGAAGUAUUCAGAGAUUCAUGUAAUACAGAUGAAACAAAAGGGUACUUAUCGGAUGAAGAAGCAGCCAUUCAGGGACUGUCUGCCCUUCCUGUGGAAAGCAAUAUAUCCAAAAGAGCCCUUUGUACAAGAUGCAGCCGUCCUCAAAAGGUGUGCCUGUGUCCUUUCCUGCCAGCUCAACCCAUUAACGUUUCCACGUGUUUGUACAUUGUUCAGCAUCCAGCUGAGGAGAGCAGAGUUCUUCGGACUGUACCCUUAUUAGCAGCUUGCCUUUCUAAAGAUAAAUGCAAAGUACUAAUUGGCCGACGUUUUGGUGAAGAAAGAUACCCAGAGCUUGCAGCUGUCUGCAGGAAUCCCAGUACUUUUAUCCUGUAUCCUGGAGCUGAAGCAGCUAAUUUGGAAGAGCUGUCCCUAGCAGCAGAUCAACAGCCACACUCGCUCAUCAUAAUAGAUGGCACAUGGAGUCAGGCCAAAGAUAUAUUCUACAAAAAUUCCCUUUUCCGGCUGCCAAAGCAGGUGCAGUUAAAAACAACUGUAUCGAGUCAGUAUGUUAUUCGAACUCAGCCUACGAACACUUGUCUUUCAACUCUGGAAUGUGCUGCUAUUGCCCUUUCAAUAAUGGAGAAAAACACUGCAAUUCAAGAGGCGAUUCUCCGUCCUCUUCAAGCUCUGUGCUCCUUCCAACUACAGCACGGUGCUCAGAUUCAUCACAGCAAGGAACAUCUACUUAAAAAUGGCCAGUAUAAGAAGCCAAUGCCAAAGAAUAAGAGGAAACUGAAAAGGAUGGAGCUUCUGGUUAACAAUGUCAAAAUUUAGCUUUUCUUAUAAUGUACUAGAGAAUAUUGGUUAU